GCAAGAGCGGCAGCACCGUGGACAGCGCCAACCCUCCUGCGCCCGGGCGGGGAGAGGCGGCAGCACCGCGGACAGCACCACAAGUGGGGGCGCGCACUGGGAGCCUCCGGGCAAGGGGAGAGCGGCAGCACCGCGGACAGCCUCAAAGCCUUGCACUCCGAGCCAGGAGGCGGGGAGAGACGGCUUUAUCAGCUGAUGGCUUACGUAGGGCUAGAUCUCCGCUUGGAUAAGGCAGGUCUCGGUGGGCGCGCCAGCAUUCGCUCUCCGGAGCCGCAGCCUCAGACGGGGUGGCGGGGGCAACUGGGACAGAAGGCAGGUCCCAGAAAGCAGGUCCCCCCAAAACUGGCUUCCCUAGCACGGAGUUAAGGCUGCAGCCGGCUGCCUAGAGAGAAGGGUGGGCAGGGAGGCAACGCGGUGAGAGCGACUGCUCUGGCGCACCAGCCCCUCUCCUGCAUCCACUCGCGGCUGGCCGCCCAGCUUCUCCCCGAUCUGGGAGAUGCUUGGCUCUGGGCGGCCAGACAGCCUUUUCCACCAAGGCGAGGAGCCCUGGGCUCCUGACAGCUUAGGCGGGCCCUGGCUGCAACACGCAGCCCCUCGCCUCUGCUUCCUUAGCCUCUGAGGGCUUCAGACCUGCCGCGCUUGCAACCACACCAUCUCCAACGGAUGCUCAUUAGCAGGAUACUGGGGCCAAAUUCACAGGCACUUUCCAGAAACUCCACCACUGGCCAGAGUUUGCAAACAUCCGGAUUGGCUCUGGGCACAGCGGCCACCUUAAGUUCUCCUGAACACCCCUUCUGCAAGUACCCCAGGCCGGUCUCCUGACCCAGAGAUGGAUUUACCUGUGAACCUAACCUCCUUUUCCCUCUCCACCCCCUCCCCUUUGGAGACCAACCGCAGCCUCGGCAAAGACGAUCUGCGCCCCAGCUCGCCCCUGCUCUCGGUCUUCGGAGUGCUUAUUCUCACCUUGCUGGGCUUUCUGGUGGCGGCGACGUUCGCCUGGAACCUGCUGGUGCUGGCGACCAUCCUCCGUGUACGCACCUUCCACCGCGUGCCCCACAACCUGGUGGCGUCCAUGGCCAUCUCGGACGUCCUGGUGGCUGCGCUGGUCAUGCCGCUGAGCCUGGUGCACGAGCUGUCUGGGCGCCGCUGGCAGCUGGGUCGGCGGCUGUGCCAGCUGUGGAUCGCGUGCGACGUGCUCUGCUGCACGGCCAGCAUCUGGAACGUGACGGCCAUAGCCCUGGACCGCUACUGGUCCAUCACACGCCACCUGGAAUACACGCUCCGCACCCGCAAGUGCAUCUCCAACGUCAUGAUCGCGCUCACCUGGGCGCUCUCCGCUGUCAUCUCUCUGGCACCGCUGCUUUUUGGCUGGGGAGAGACGUACUCUGAGGGCAGCGAGGAGUGCCAGGUAAGCCGCGAGCCUUCCUACGCAGUGUUCUCCACCGUAGGCGCCUUCUACCUGCCGCUCUGUGUGGUGCUCUUCGUGUACUGGAAGAUCUACAAGGCUGCCAAGUUCCGCGUGGGCUCCAGGAAGACCAAUAGCGUCUCACCCAUAUCCGAAGCUGUGGAGGUGAAGGACUCUGCCCAACAGCCCCAGAUGGUGUUCACGGUCCGCCAUGCCACCGUCACCUUCCAGACAGAAGGGGACACGUGGCGAGAGCAGAAGGAGCAGCGUGCCGCCCUCAUGGUGGGCAUCCUCAUUGGUGUGUUUGCACUCUGCUGGAUCCCCUUCUUUCUCACGGAGCUCAUCAGUCCUCUUUGCUCCUGUGACAUCCCCGCUAUCUGGAAAAGCAUCUUCCUGUGGCUUGGCUACUCCAACUCCUUCUUUAACCCCCUGAUCUAUACGGCUUUCAACAAGAACUACAACAGCGCCUUCAAGAACUUCUUUUCUAGGCAACACUGAGGGAGAGGACCAGCAUCGAAAGAAGUUUCUUCCCAGAAUUCAACGGAAUUCCCAGUUCAUUCAUUUCCCAUCCCCACCCAACAGCCAUGUGGACCAGAUGAAUCCUCACCAUUCUCCAGGGUCAUCUUCAGAACUGCACUGGCCUGUUUUCCACCUCCUCAGUAAGAAUAUGACUCCUCACAGAGUUUUGGUGACAUGAUGUAUCUAACUCACCUACUGUCCCUUUCUCUGUGCUGACAGCCACGGUCUUUGCCCACAAAGUGUCCUUUCCUCCCCAAAUUCACUUCGGCAUGGUGGUCGACAUUGUCCUAAAGAAGUCAAACAAGUCAGAUAAGAAGGAGGAGGUAAAAUGAUAUGGGCAGGUUGAGAAUGGAUAGAAAAGAAUGAACAAGUCAUGAUGUAGACAUCUGGGGAUAGGAGACCACAGUUCCAGGCUUUCUGGAACAGCCCGCAUUUCAAAUAUUCUCCUAUAUGGUCCUAGUACAUAUACCCUCAUACUGAUGGGAUAUGUCCCAAUAGUUGACCACAAAACACCGUCUCCAAAUAUAUUAAAGUACAUAGUCCUAUCCAUGAAAGCAGGGAAUAUUAACUUUAAGGUUUUGUUUGUGGCAACCACACACACACACACACACACACACACACACACAACUGUAAAAGAGGCAGGUGUUCUAGCUGACUAGUUUAUUCCAAAAUCCAAUCCCUUGACAUGAAGCAGGCACUGAGGGUCAACUACUUCCUUUCAUUUUGAAGCAACAGUUUAUAAACAGUAAAAAAGUCUACCGGUUUCAUAGAAUCUGUCAAAUUUGCUAAUUUGCUACUGGUUUCACGUGUGUGGAAUAUGUUCAAGUGUUUCUAGGCAAAGACCUUUAUCCUCAAAUCAUGAGAUUAGAGUAAAACAACUGCUAUAGAGUUGGGCAUCUCAUGACCAAUGAGUAUGAAGGCACACUCACCAAACACAGGCACUUUAAGGGCAUCCUUGAUAAAUUUGCUAAUUGCUAUUUUUUGUUGAUAUGUGAAUACCUGCUAGGAGGCCAAGGCUAGUGGGCAAUGACAAAGAUAGAACAAUGGUAAAAUGUAACCCCAGUUCUCUACAAAUUGACAGUAUAAUUUGUGAGGUGAGGCAGUGAAGUGAUGAUGCAGCAUUUGGAUGAUCAUGUAAAACCAGUGCCAUUAUACGAAACUUUAAAAACAAUCCUAGGCAAUAAAACUGCCUGUGGUCUGCUAUGUCCCUGACUCUCUAAAUGCAUGAAUUAAAGAAUGAUAUAAUAAUCUCUGAUUUAUUGUAAUUCAUGUAGUAUGUUAUAUAUAAUAAAUUAUAUCAAUUAAGAAUUCGAACAUAGGAAAUUUGUGAUAAUUUAUAUGUGGUCUUGGCUUGAAGUUUAGUCUUGUCUUUAUUGCAAAGACUAGCUUUAUCAAAAGAAUGUGAGCAGAUAAAGAAAUGUUAGAUACCUGUGAAGUCACCUUUAAUAUGCUAAAUGCAGAUCUUUAUGCAUUCAAGCAGAUUCAUUGAGAAAUUUAGUGAUAAGAAUUGAAGAAUUUAUUUAGAAACAUCCUUAGAUUUUUCUUACUUCUGUAUAUAUCACUUGAAGUGCUAAACCUAUAAGUAUUUUAAAAUACAGACUGUUCACUUACUUAAGUUACUUUUCCCCAUUAUUACUCGAAAUCAGAGAGAACAAGAACUGCUAUCGUAUUCUUGUGUUUUAAUAAGGGAAGUGCUUCAAAAGCUUUAUUAAGUACUCCAUGGCAGAGAAGAAAAAUUCAGACAAGAGGAGUCUGGAGAGGUGACACUAGAAUCAAGGGUAAAAGUUUAAGUCUAUUCUACCUGAAAAUCCAUGUGAAAACUUUUACUCCAUAAAUCGCGAGUGUCUUACUCUUUAAAAAAGUUCAUAGUCUUCAGUAAAGCGAAGCUUGAGGAAGAUGUGCCACAUUUUUCUGGUGGCUUCAAAUACUCCCCAACUCUCCCAGGAUUCUGUAUACCCCAGUUGGAGAACAAUGUUAUUAUAAUAUUAAUUUAAUCUCCAGCUGAGGGUUUUAUUAAUGUUUUCAAAAGAUGAAUAAGCCUCGUUAUUCUUAUCACUCAGUAUGUAUUUAACACCUCUCAGGUGUCACUUAAAUUAUACAUUAUAUACAACACACUCUGCAUAUGCUAUCUAGAGCAAGAAACAUUCCAUAUAAGAGAAGGAAGAAGUGGCAAUUAAUGAAUUAUUUUGCUUCCAUUUCAAUAGCAAACGUUGUUUAUACCACGGUAAGAAAUGUAGACAUUCAUUGACUUUGAGUCUCUAUUAUGCAAAUCAAAUAUUUGUGAAACACUUUUGUUUAUGCUUGACUGCUAAUAUUUUAUCAGGUUAGAAAUGUAUAUGAAUCAUAAACAAUAGUAAUUGCUCAAAAUACCUAAUCCUGUUUCCGUGCCAGAUUGCAACAACAACCGUUAUUAGACGAUGCACCUAGAGAAGGCUGGAGGGUUUCCUGCAAGCCCUGUCUGUAGGGUGACUGAGGUGAACCAAUCCAAAGCCCUCCUUUCAGCUCUUGUAGAAUAUGUCGAACAAAAUGCACAGCUCUGCUCUCCUGCCUAAAGACAAUGUACAAAGGAGAUAAUUCUCUCCUGAUGAGUGAUCUUGGACCUCUUGGGGUCACUAUCAGUUUUAUAUUUUUAUUGUAUGGUAGUGAAAGACAAGCGGAAGAUAUCCCUGAGUCUGUAUUGACAUCAGACCAUAUUGUAGGGAUUAAUUCUUGAUAAAAAGCUUGUUAUUUGUCUCUUCUUCCCAGGAGGAGCAUUUUUGCUUCUAUGUUGGUCUGUUGGAUUCACAGUUCCCGGCUUAUAGCCAAAGAGGCUGUAGGGACAACACUUUGCCAUGUUUCUAUUAAAGAGAAGAUAAAGACUGAGUCCACAGCUC